CUUUUAUUUCUUAUACCUAAUCUACAUUCAUCCUAUUGUCCCUAUUCAAAUCGAUCACUUACAUGAAAUAAAUACUAUUACAAGGUACUUAGUUACUAUUUUUUAAGACACAACUUACAUAUCCAGAAAAGAUCGAGUGGGAUGAAAGUGCAUAUGUAUGUACCACGCAGUAUGUAGGCGUUGCCACCUCUUCCCAAGAUUCAGGUGCUCUAGGGCUGCAGCUACCCCUGCCACCCCUGGUUUUAGUUCGAUCAAUUAAUUCGAUUAGUUGGUCCCUGAUCACUACUAACCACACCUGCCACACCCACAUCCUUUGCGAAUCCCCAAUUGCACAUCAUUCACACCCUUUCCCUUCUACAUCGGGACGGUAAUGACGUUUUGCUGCUUGUUGGUACGUACGACCAUCGUUUAAAACGUCUUAACCACCUCGAGUUUGUCCUCUGCUUCACCGUUUGAUCGCUCUUAAAUUAAUCACCCUUGCGACACAUCCACAAUCUAUAUUCUCCCACUCGCACGCUAGGCGGUGAACUUUUUUCUUCUAUUUAUUUACCUACUCCAGAAGAAGCAGGCAAAUCCUUUCGAAAUUUCGAUCUCUCCAUGACCUUAUACUGUGCUCCUAAAAAAAGAACGACAAGUAAUCGACCGAGCACGUGUGCAAUAUGCCUUCGUUUAACCCCAACGGAGUAGCCAACGGCCACCUUGGCCAGUUACGACACAUUCCAAUUUCCUACGAUAACGACAAUUCCAAUGCCUCAGCUCGUGCACUUAUCCUCGCCCUACGUCCAGAAUGGUCGAGUCCUGACUCCAAUAUUGAAUUCGUACCAUUCAAGGAUGGUAUAACCAACACGUUACUAAAAGCCAUCAAUAAGAAGGAAGGUCUAUCUCCAGACGAGGUGGAUAAGGAGGCGGUUCUACUACGAGCAUAUGGACACGGAACCGAUGUUCUCAUAGACAGGCACCGCGAGACCCAAAAUCACGAGCUGCUGAUGAGAUGUGGCUUGGCUCCUGAAUUACUCGCCCGCUUCGAUAAUGGCAUGAUAUAUCGUUAUAUCCGAGGCACGGCCACUCAACCUGCCGACUUGAGGACGCCGUCUAUAUAUUUAGCUGUUGCGAGGCGGUUAGCACAGUGGCACGCUACCGUGCCCUGCAUAUAUGAGACACAUGCGCAGAGGAAUGGGGUAAAUGGGACCAGCAACGGUCAUCACGAAGUGGAAAUUGAGCAUGCCGCACCAGGGAAACCUUCGCCCAACGUAUGGACGGUUAUGCAGAAGUGGAUCCUUGCCCUCCCCACGAAGACGGAGGCCCAGCGCACAAGACAGGCGACCCUCCAGCAGGAGCUAACUAAGCUCGUUGACGAGCUAAGCCAACGGCCUGGGCUGGGCGACAAUGGCCUUGUCUUUGCGCACUGCGAUCUCCUGAGUGGAAAUGUGAUAAUUGAGCCUCAAGAUUUAAGCAGCACUAAAAAGGAGGGCGGUCCGCAGACAGUAGUCAGUUUUAUAGACUAUGAAUAUGCCACCCCUUCCCCUGCAGCGUUCGACUUGGCUAACCACUUUGCGGAAUGGGGUGGGUUUGACUGCGACUUUACUGUGUUACCAACUCGAGCACAACGGCUAGAGUUUAUACGGGAAUAUAUUCACACCUACUUCAGUCUAUUACCUAACAAGCCUGAUAACAUAGACGAGGAAGCAGAAGCACAGAAACUAUUUGCUGAAGUAGAUAUAUUCCGUGGUGUGCCCGGACUUUACUGGGGAAUCUGGGCCUUGAUCCAGGCGACCAUCUCGCACAUCGAUUUUGACUACGCGGAAUACGCUGAGAUUAGGCUAGGAGAGUAUUGGGGGUGGAGAGAGGCUAGCAAAUAUGACGGCAAAUUAACAGGAAAGGAGUUGUCGGUACGGGAAAAGAGGUGGGCGCAGUUGGAAUAGAUUUUCAGGCAUUUUCAGGGUAAGAUGCGAUAGGGGAGUCAUAACCGCAUUUUAAUAGAUACCAUUAUGAUAAAGGGCACGUUUGAGGAAACUUGGACUACGCGGGAAUUAUAGCUACGAUCAUAUAAUACUUGAGACUAGACGGAGGAGUUGGGGGGCAUUUAGAAUAGUCUUGGACUUAAGCUAAGGCGGUAUCGACGUGUUUUCCGUCUCGAGAAAUAGGAAUGUUGCUUGAUCGAUGGCUCGGACUGAUGGUAUUGCGGCGUGAGCUACUUGAUUUGAAGUUAUGAAUGCCUGCCUAUUGGAUUCCAAGUUUCUCGGUUGAUGUACACGAGAAAUAAUAUAUAGGACGCACGCAUUUAGAUCCCAAUUGGAGCUCGGAUAUAAAAUACUCCUAACCCUGACUCUCGAGCUGGCUGACCCGGAAUACUAGCCUUCAACAGUACAAUGGGAGAAGCAAGUGGUCAAAAAAGACCGCUGGGGACUACGAAUCGUUACGUAUCGGGGGCAAUGCAUCAGUGUCUCGUCUGUAGGCGACAGCUACUUUAAGGCCUCUGUUGGGCUAUUAGCGAUGUAUUAGGUUAUGCUGUAGCUCUAUCCUACAGAAGAUUUAUUUCGUGGCGUC